GCUUGCCCUGAACACAGACCAAGUGGCGGGGGCCAGACCCAACCCCUGCCCAGCAACUGGAGCGGCAAGCAGAAAAUAUUCUCCACUAAAAAAGAUGGGUCUCAACAACGUCGCAGAGAACCUCCUGAUGCUUCAGCGGAGUUUGUAGAAAUCUCACCGGGCUACAAGUUUACUCGGAGUAAAGAACAUCUCUAUGUGACACUAGGGGAGGGAUUUUUUGAAAGGAAAAGAACUGCUUAUGAGCCAGCUCCACCUAGCACUCCAAGAGCCCCUGUGAAACUUGAGACGGAAGAUAUUGUUGCUGACUUGGAGGAACAGAUUACCCAGCUGACGGACAUGUUGGAGCAGCUAUGCAGAGAUCACAAGGCCUCCCAGAAACAGAUGGAGAAUGAGAUGGAAGAAAAAUGUAAUGAGAUUCAAAAGGAGCACAAGAAUAAGAUCAGGGAACUCCAAGAGACUCACAGUUCAGAACUCGCUGAAUUACAGGAAUGUUAUAGGAAAGAGCUGAGAACCGAGAGGGCAACUGCACAAGAGAAACUGGAGGGGUUGGAGAAACAAUACAAAUACUUGAGGAAUGCAUUCCGGAUGUAUCAGGACAGCAUUUCUGAUGAAAUGGAGGAGAAGUGGCUGCGAAGGCAGGCAGAAUGGAAGAAGAGUGAGAGGACUGAGCGGGAGAAGGCACUGCUACAGCAAAAGCAGGCAUUGAUGAAGAAUUUUACGAAGGAAAUAGAGGAGAUAAAGAAGUUACAUCAGGAGAAUAGUUCCAUGACAGAUAAACUCUACCAGCAAGAGAGAGAGGAGUUUAUUAAACAGCGCCAGGAAGAUAUGGCAACAAUAGAAGACUUGCAGAAGUACAGGGAGAAACUGGAAAUAGAUUUGAAGGAAAAGAAUAAAGCAAUUGAAGCGCUCAGCUCAGCGCUGCACACCACCCAGAUGGAGCUUCAGAACGAGAAAGCCAACGUGCUAGCACUGGAGAGAAGUAUCCAGAGGAGAAUCUCGGUAGCUGAAGAAAAACUCGAAAUCAGUUCUGCAAACUUGGCAGUGGAAAAUUUCAGUCUGAGACGCAAACUGACUGUAAAAAAUGAAGAAUCAUACAUCCCAAGAAUCCAGAGGAAGAGUCAGACUUAAGAUCCCUCCACUGGGAAUGUGGCUUUGUUCCUAAGGGAAUCUAGUCGCUGAUGCACCAGCACAAUAAAAAGUAGUUUCCAGACCCUCUCCAGAUUUGUAACUAUGGUCAGAUCUGCAAUCCUACAGUUUUCUAGGGAUUUUAAAACCACAUUCUUGUUCAGUAUUUAAGGUACCAAGGUUUUUGUCCAAGCAUUCCCUUUCAUUCUCUAUCCUUUCUUGUUUCAAGCUAUAAUUUUUUUGUAAAACUGGAGAAAUAUUACUUGCUAGUACAAAUGCAGAUACACUUCUACCCAGGAAGUCAAAAUCCUCUCUUCACUUGCAUGAAGCUGUAAUGAGCAUCUUACUUUGCUUUUGAAGACCUUUCUCAAUAUCAGUUACUGGGCCUCACCCGUGUUUAUAUUAAAACUCCUGGCUUUGCUACAUAAAGUGGCUUUGGUUAAUACCUAUUUACAAAAUUCCUCUUUGUCCUCUUGCUUAGAAGCAAGGUUUGAAAACAAACAAGAUGUGAGACUCCUGUCCUCUGGCUGCCUGUCACUUCCAGACUGCUGUAUGAUUGUACCUUCAACUGAGUUAUAAAAGCAGAGGACACGAGUAGUCUGAAACGCAGCUUAAAGUUUAGAUCAGGGCGGGCAAUUAUUUCGGGCAGAGGGCCACUUACCCAGUUUUGGCAAGAUGUCUAGGGCUGCAUGGGUAGCCCCUCCCCUUGACAGGUGCCCCGCCCCCUGGUCACCAUCUUGGGACCAGUGUCCCAACGUCUUGGGACUGACAUCUCAAGGUCAACACUGGUGGGGCCCAGAGCAGGGCGCAGGCUGGCAGGUGUCUGUGGAGCUGGGCUGGGCUGCACCAGCAGGGAGAGGGGGGAGCUGGCCUGGCUCCAUACAGCCCCUGCUGCCCGGGACCCUGGACCCCUGCCACCCUGCUCUGGGCCCUGCUGGUGCUGGUCCUGGGAGACCAGUGUGGGCCCCACGCUCCUGCGCCUGCUCACUCCCAGUGUCCCCCAGCCCCACGGUACAGGCAGUGGGCAGCCCCAACCCAAUGCUCCCCAGCAGGGAAGGAGCUGGUGUUGAGUGCGUGGGAGAAGCGACUCCUCGCCUGCCCUGUGGCCGGUGCUCCCUACUGUAGCUGCUUGCAGCCUGCACGGGGCU